UCCAUAGGACAGAGAGAGAGGCAGAGGAAGAGAUAAAAGGCAAAAUCGUAUCUGCCCGCUGUGUUUCUGAUUCAUAUCCUUUUUAUACAGAGACCUUGUCUCAGAAAACUAUGGAGUCCAACGAAGUUGAACGUCUCAAACCUCACUAACAGUGAUAUUUCCCGCGGCAGACUCGGCUUCUGGCCCAAUAGCUUCCAUUCUCUCCGGUGAUUCUGCUUUUGGUUGCUGAGAAAGCUAGGAGGAAGAUCUUGUUGAUCCGUCCUGACUCGUAUCGAUUGAACUCCUUUUGCCUCUUUGAAUCAUCUGCAGAAAUUCCCUGAAAACUUCGUGUUUGCAGCAUUUGCUGUGUCCACUUCAUUUAGCGUGUUCUCGUUCAGCUCGGAUCGCUUCAACUGCCACUGAAACUCGAUCUCUCUCACUCGAACUCAUCAAGAUGCGGCUUUUGAGGCUCGGGUUGAUGGGACCUCCAAUGGUGAAGCGAAGAGCAGGACUCCGCAUGAAGCAGGCCGGUCGAAGUUCCUACUUCGGGAGCUAGACAGUGUUCUGUUUGUGAUCAGACCUUGUUUAUUUUGUUUAGCAUAAUAGUUUGAAUCGAAGUUUGUCAGUCGUAUGGAAGCUACUGCCUUGAGACAGUUUCUCACGGGGCUCUGCAACAAUUCUUGCUGGGACUAUGCCGUCUUCUGGAAGCUUUGGCAUCAAAUCCCCGCGGUUUUGUCAUGGGAGGAUGGUUAUUAUGAUCAACCAAAGCUGAGAACGACCAUAGAAAAAUCAUCGGGCAUGCUAUACUUUGAUGGAUAUAGUGAGUUCAUUGAUGAUGAAACUAGCCAAAUCUACGGAACUGCAGUCCAAUAUCCAAUUGAACUUCUGAUAGCAGAUAUGCCAACUCAACAAUACACACUGGGAGAAGGGCUUGUUGGCCAAGUGGCAAGCACAUAUAACUACUGUUGGAUUUCUUUGGAAGCUAGUCAGUUCAAAAACAAACACUUCGAUUUUCCAGAAGAAUGGCUCCCUCAUGUGCUAGCCGGUGUCAAGACAAUGCUAUUAGUAUCUGUCCAUCCUCACGGGGUUUUGCAACUUGGUUCCUCUCACGAGGUUGCUGAAAAUGCAGCAGUUGUCAAUCACAUCAAAGAGACAUUUAUCAUGCAUCAAGUUCUUUCUGGAUUUGCCACCCCUCCCAUUCUGAAGGAAGAUGAUCCACUUUGCUCAUUGCAGUCAUUGGCUGACAUUGAUGAUCCAUCAAUUAUCACCAGAGCCUUGGUUAAUGAACUACAUCAAGAGUCCCCAGAGGACAGUGAGGAAACAAAUGCAAGCAACACCUCAAUAUUCGGUUCUCUCCAGGAGAUUUUUGAAGAUUUAGAGGAGAACAGGGAACUCAUUCAUUCAGAAAUAGGCCUUUCCAGGGUGCUGGUUCCCCUGAACGAGCCUUUGGAAUUAAGCCAGCAAGAGAUGGCCCAAAACGAGCAAUUAACGUUCUCCUAUGUUGGAGCAGACUUGUCAGGUUUUCCCUGUGGAGUAGGGGAUUCCUAUGUCACCAGCAAUAUUAUCAGAGGACCCUAUGGAGAUGAUGAAGAGGAUGUUGAGUACACAAGGUGCAAAAAUUUGGGUAUAUUUAGCAUUCCCGAGGACUGUGAUCCCUUUGAGGCUCUUGGUAACUCUUUCCGAAGCCAAACCGGCGAGUUUGUGGGAACUGAAGCUCGCCCUGUAGAGAUUCGUGAUUUUCCUGAUGGUAUGGAGUCACCUCCUAGGGAACUCGCAAGAAGUGAUGCCAAGGUAAAAGCAGAGGAUCUUUUAGAAGCUGUAAUUGCAGACUUGCGUGAUGGUCUUGAUGGAACUUCACCAAUCAGUUCGGCUGUCACCCUCACCUCAUCAGCAGCCCCAGUAGUUCAAUGUGAUCCUAAUCCCUCCUCUAAAUCACUUAAUAAAUCUGCCGAAAUUUUCAUGGGAGAGAGUGAUAACUCAGUUAUAUGGAGUGACAUUGGAACAGCAUUUGCCAAUAGGACUGGAAACAAUUCCAGCAAACAUUCUAAUCCGGCUUCUACAAAGAGCACGGUUAGCAGUUUAACAGUACAGGGACAACCUAGGGAGAGCCAGAAGCGUCAGUUGAGUGGAAGCAAAAGAAAGGGCAGAUCUGGUGAUAGUCAGAAGCCGAGACCGAGGGAUAGGCAAUUGAUUCAGGAUAGGGUGAAGGAACUACGAGAGCUUGUCCCAGAUGGCUCCAAGUGUAGCAUCGAUGCUCUUCUUGAUCGGACGGUAAAGCACAUGCUUUUCUUGAGAAGCGUAACUAACCAGGCCGAGAAGUUGAGAAUAUGUGUGCCGCCAAAGGAAAAUAAACCGAAGAUCUGGAAAUCCCUUGGAAUUGAUGAAGAAGAUCGUGAGAACAGGAGAGGCUGGGCUUUCGAAUUUGGAGGCGAGUUCCAAGUUUUCCCUAUAGUCGUGGAAGAUGUCGAACACCCAGGACAAAUGCUGAUCGAGAUGAUGUGCGACGAGCAAGGUCAAUUUUUGGAGAUUGCUCAGGUGCUUAGGCGCCUAGAGCUCACGAUCCUGAAGGGCGUGAUGGAGACCCGUUCUGAUAACACCUGGGCCCGCUUUAUCGUUGAGGCAUCGAAGGGCUUCCAGAGAAUGGAGAUCUUCUGGCCACUGAUGCAGGUUUUGCAGCAGCAGAGGGGGAAGCCUAUAACAGGCAUAGUUUAAGGAUCAACACGCCAUUCAUACGUCAUGAUGUUUUCUCGAUCCACUUGGAAUUAAAUUAUUGUAAAGUAGGCUUUUUAAGAUUAUGGAACACAGAAUCUUCUCACAGUGAGAUGGUUGAGGUUACUCGUAUGCAUGGGAGGUCUAUGGCAUGUAAUGUCUUGUACGCUACGCCAGCGGAGUUAGUUUUCGUUCUUGACAUAACACAUUCCAUAUAUGAACGUUGACUGAUCCUCUGUGCAUGUAAUAUUAAAUACUGGGUCAUUGUCUAAUGUAUUUCAUGUGGAAAUUUCUGUUCAAUGAGAAAUUAGAAAAGUCAUAUUUAUGUGGAAAA